AGUGCUAGAAGUGUCAACCAUUGAUAAAAAAAAAUAAAAGCGGAGAUUACAAUUAUAUUACUAAUUGCAGUUUGCCAAAUGAAAUGACUGUUCUUAUUUUUCGGGGAAACUAUAAAGAUGGAGAAAUUUGCUGUUGAUCUAGACCAAGUUCUCAAUGACUUUGAAUACAGUGAAUUAACUGAUCAGUAUAAUUCUGUAAGGAAUCCUGUAGAAGCUCCUAGUCCUGCUACGCAAAAUAAUGUGUUGAAACACUCCAUUAACAAUGUUUUUCAUAGUUUAAAUGAAUAUUUGAGCAGCAAUAUUGAUGUACCUGCUGUAGAUAACGAUUUGAGUUCUAAAGAAAAAGAUUUAGAUAGAGGAGAUAAUUCUAAUUCACAGAGCAAAGAAGUAUGUAUACAAUAUCCUGAAAACAAUGGGGAUAAAGGAAGUAACAUCAGUAAUGUCGAAAAUACAUCUUGUGAUAUUAAAUCUGAAAAUUCUUUAGUACAAGAAACUAUCAAAGAUAAUUUAACGGUAGCUAAGAAUGACUCUAUUGAAGAACUUACUCCUGAUACAUCUGAGGAAAUCAUAUUUAUAGAAGGUGAAAAAAUCAAACAAACCUAUCCUGCCAGUCAAUUAGAAGAUACUACAACUAAGGGAAGUGAGGAGCUUCUCAUUGAAAUAGAAGAUGUUAAAGAUACAACUACUGAAAAUAAAUUAGACAAUACAAUAACAGAGAAUCUCAGUAAAAUUGAAGAAGUAGAAAAGUCUGAUAUAUUAGUGGAUGAAAUUAGUUCUAAAAUUUCGGAAGAUCUAGUAAUAAAAACUAAUGAAGAGGAUAAUCAAGUUGUUUGUGAAGACCCCAACUAUCCAGAAGUACCGGAAGUCAGUGAUGAAUCAGACAAAGACGAAAUUAUUAGUAACAUAAAAGAAGUUCAACCUAUAGUAGUAGGUUUUGAGGCUGUAACUAAUCUAGAGGAUGAUGAAGUGGAUAAGUUGCUAGAAGAAUUAGAAAAUGACCAAGAUUUACUCCAGGAAUCUCAACUCCUACAACAAGAACGUAAUAAAAAGGAAAGUAGAGAUAAUGAAGACAAAAGUAUAUUAGUUUUGGAAAAACAUGAAGAAGUUGGAGAGUCAGUUGAUCAAUUUCCAAUCUCACAAUUAUUAAAAGAACCAAACGUUUUAGUAUCAACUGAUUCAGAGACACCUACAAUAGAAAUUGUAAAUAAAGAAGAAGCAAAAGAUGUUCUUUUAGAUAAAAUAGAAGACAGUAGUGCUUUGCCAAAUGAGAUAAAUCAAAAAGAAGAUAAAGAACAUUUUGAAACAGUUCUACAGACACCUAUUAAUAAAGAACAAUCUUUACAAAUUACAAAGGAACUCAUUAGAGAAGUUGAACCACCAGAGGUUCUAACAGAACUAGUUAAAAAUGAAGAACCUCCAGGAGUACUGAAAGAUCUAGUUACUGAUGAAGAAAUAAAAGAAACUCCUGCAGAAAGUGUGAAAAAAGAGGAAAAAACACAAGCACAGAAAUCAGUAGACAAACAAGAAGAAGGAGUAGAUGAAAAAGAAGAAGCACCAAUACUUCUAGAGGAACCUGCUAAAGAAAAAGAUCAGAUUAUGGAAGAUGUUAGUGAGCAAAAAUUACCGGACAAAGAGGAAGAAACUAUUAAUAAGAGUGAAGAACUUGUUGAGAGUGUUGAGAAUAGUUCCAAGGAACAUGAUGCUGGUAAUACAAAUGACGAAAAGACUGAAACAACAAAUAUUAAACUUGAAAGGCAAGAUAGUGCAUCUAGACCUCAACAUUUACAACUUAAAGAAGAAGAAAAAGAAAAACAAAGGGAAAUUAAUCUAAUAGGUGCCCCAGGCUCAACACCAUAUAACAAUGUUUACAUAAGCGAAGAAAUCCACAAACAGGACGACCGCGAUAGCGAAUCAAUAUCUUCCACAUCAUCGAACACCUUCUCUGAUACUGGAAGUACAGCUUCAACUGCAUCCACUGAAGAAAUCAGAGAUGACAAUGAUAUUAAUCCCAACAUCGGGGAAGAAAGGAGAAUGCCUACGGAAAAUUUAGAAAGAGAUAGCAGAGAGUUGUCUGAUGACGGUGCCGAUGUACGCAAUCUAGAAGAGAGUUCAGAGCCCACUAGAGGAAGUGAAAGCGAAGCUAGGGGAACUACAGAAGGGAACACUAGCAGCGGGGCUCAUGAAAAACAAUGGUUGGGGAAGGAGGCGCCUUUAUGGAUUCCGGAUUCUGAUACUACUAGUUGCUUGCACUGUGAUAUGAAGUUUACUGUGUUGAAGAGGCGGCAUCACUGUAGAGCUUGUGGACUAGUCCUGUGUGCCAAAUGCUGCCAUCUUCGUUUCAAAUUGGAGUAUUUGGACGCAGAAGCCAGAGUGUGCAACAAAUGUCACGAUAUACUAAACAGAGAUACCAACAGCAGCUCGAGUUCGGACCUCUCGCCAGAUCACGGCAAUUCUCCCCUUCGACGACCUAAUCCCAACAAUCCUCUGGAAUAUUGUUCAACAAUCUCACCUUUGCAACAAGUGAGUGGCAAUUCGUCUAAUCAAUUGCCGGCUGUUAUGGUACCCGUUGGAGUUUUGAAAAGAAAAGGUAGCAACAAAACCAAAUCCAAUAAGAGCGUGAUGUUUUGUGACGGUAUUCGCCCAGGAAGCGACCUGACUAAUCUAGAUAACGAUUUUAACUAUAGUAACACGAAGACGAAGAAAUUGGAGAAAACUAGUACUAAUGCGGGAAAAAUAAACAGGAAUUUACCCUUGAUGGAUUCGGACACAAACUCAUUUAUUCCGAAGAGUGAGAACAGCCUUCCGCCCUUAAUAUCCAUUACAAAAUCAGAUAUUUCAUACACGGACUGCCUCAACAACCCCCAAACAGUGGAAAUGUUAAAAGCUAACGAACUGACAUUCGCCAUUUUGUUGAGUUUAUACGUCCACGUAAAGAUCAUAAAUAUGAGUUGCUGCAUUAACAAAACGGCAUGGUGCUUUUCUACAGAAGGACUCAUCAACGUUGGACAGGACGAGAUUGUUAUUAUUUUAGAGUAUAUAGAUGAGGAAUCGUUUGUACCGAAAGAUGUUUUUUACCAUAUUAAUAACGUUUAUGCGGAUGCAGUGAAAGGUACGUCAAUUAAAGAGCUUGGCCUAUCACUCCACAAUUCAUCGAACUUUUUGGAUUCCAAAAACCACGCGGGAUUCGUCUAUAUUCGGCCCACUUUCCAAUGUUUAGAAAAUGUGAUAAAACCCAAAGAACCGUUUUUGAUAGGUAUUUUAAUACAUCGGUGGGAGACGCCGUGGGCCAAACUUUUCCCGUUAAGACUGAUUUUGAGAUUAGGAGCAGAAUAUAGGUACUAUCCAAGCCCUGUGAUAUCGACAAGACACCGAGACAGCGUGUUUGUAGAAAUUGGACAUACGAUAAUUAAUUUGUUAGCAGAUUUUAGGAACUUUUCAUAUACUCUGCCGCAGAUACACGGCUUGACCAUUCAUAUGGAGGAUAAAAAUACUACUCUUACCAUUCCAGUUAAUAGAUAUGACCAGGUGAUAAAAUCUUUAAAUAAUUCAAGCGACCACAUCUUAGCAUUUGCUGGGACAUUUAGUCAAACUGCUGACUCGCAUUUGAUAUGCAUGCAGGAUACUCAAGGGGAUGAAAAUUGUUAUUCAACUCAUACGAUUAAUAUUCAGAACAAGCCUAGAAAAGUUACUGGCGCAAGUUUCAUAGUUUUCAACGGAGCAUUGAAGUCUUCCAGCGGUUUAACGGCCAAAUCCAACAUUGUCGAAGAUGGACUGAUGAUUCAGGUGUUACCGGAGCACAUGCAACAAAUCAGAGACAGUCUUAGAGCCAUGAAAAACCACACGAUACCUUGCGGAUGCGUCGACGCCGAUUCAGACGAGACGGUGAACAUUGUUUGGGGCGAGAACGAUGUUAACUUCAAUAUAGGUGUAACGUCACCCAUUGACGGCAUGCCCUUGAACGGCAUUCCCUCCAUUCGAGUCCACAACGGCAAGAACUACUGCGCGAGCGGAAACAGAAUAAUAAGAUGGACGGAAGUGUUCAUUAUCCAGAACGGCGAUGACAGUCCAAAAAAUCAAGAUCCCGUAGAUAUUUCUAGAGUAUCCGAAAAUAUAGCCAAAGGAACCUGUGAUGCCCUUCUGAACUAUCUAGAUCUGUUGGUGACGAACAAUUUUACUAAGAUUGGUAUCAGGACUAAUCUGCAAGUGGAUAGUGUUUCUUAUUCUGCCGGUAGUAACAAUACGAAACUACCGCCCAUUUACAUGAAGAGUCUCGACAACGAGCUCAUACCGAUUCUACACAGGAUAACGUCGAGCAAUCUGGGCGAAACGGCGAUAAUCUUAGAACUGAUCUUUCGAAUUCUAAACGUUUGAGAUUAUAAUAGACAAUAAAAGUAUCUCCCCAUGU